AUGCCGCCACGACCCGAUCCUAGAAUGGCAGCAGUGCUAAGGGCAUUCGAAGCCCUAGGCAAUGCCUCGGAACAGACCCCAGAGGAACUUGAAAGAUAUAGGGUGACGCAAUGCUUGGAGCAGUUCACCAAGCUUAAACCACCCCAGUUCAACGGAAUUGGUGAAGCCUGCGAGGCCGAGAACUGGUUGAAGCAAAUUCAUAAGAUCUUAGAGAUCUUACGGACACCGGAGCAGUAUCGUGUGUCCCUAGCUGUACACCAGCUUGUCGGGGAGGCUGACAACUGGUGGGAUACCGUCCGUAGCCUACGGACUGUCGCUGAUCUAACUUGGGCAGAGUUCGAGCAACUCUUUCUGGAGAGAUUCUUUCCACCUGUCCUGAAGGCACAGAAGAUCAGUGAGUUCUUUGCUUUGACCCAAGGAAACAAGACCACUCACGAGUAUGUUGUGGCCUUCACACGACUACUUAAGUACGUGCCAGCAAUCGCCAAUGACGAUCAGAUGAAGAAACAGAGGUUCAUGGCGGGACUCCGAGACUCGAUUCGACGCGAAUUACGCUCGGACACUACCUUGAGCUACAGUGAGUCCGUAGCCGCCGCCUACGCCAUCGAGGCUGAUGAAGCUGCAUACCCAAGACGUGGGGAUGGUCAGGGAAGUUCUCACCCACGGAAGAAUCGCUGGGUGCACCGGAGGAAGCUCCGAGGAGGAAACCCCCAAGGAUAUACCAGUUCCAGUAGUAGCAGUGGAUCUUCAGGAAGACGGGGCACUGCACCCUACACUUGUUUUGCUUGUGGCCAACCAGGACACACCAAGGCUCGCUGCCCGUUGGUUAACAACUCACAAGGAGCAUCUUCUAGCUCGGGAUUCCAGAAUCCGAGGCCAGCUCAGUCACUAUCGACUCAGAUAUCGCCAGCACCUUACCGACCACCAAACCCUACUCAGCAGCAGCAAAUCGAGGAAGAAACCGUGGAGGACGCAAUCAAGGAGGACGUGGACAACUGUAUGCAAUUACCGGUGGGGAGACUACUGAGGCUUCUGGCUCUGGCACCGCACUAG